UGGGACUCUUGUCGUGCACCUAAUAGCACGAUGGAUGACUAUCCGAUGUUUGGGCUGCUUGUGGGGUUCUCCCUCUGGGGGACCCUCUGGCGUCUCCUCUUCCCUCUGGGGUUCUGGAACACUUUCGCGUGUAGGGUAGAGACGAAGGGUGGCACGACCACACACCCCUAUACGCCUGAAGAGGAGGCCAAGGCCGCCGCCAUUCUGAAAGAGAGAAGGGAGGAGAGGGAGGCCAGGAAGAAGGCCUUAAUGGAGGAGCAGGCGGCCAAGAUGAAAAAGAUUGAGGAGGAGGCAGCCAGGGAGAAAGAGAGAUUGAAGAAGGAAGAAGAGCAGAAGUUGAAGGAGGUGGAAGAGGAAGAGGACGAAGAUGAAACGCCACUGCAAAGGAAGAGGGGGCAGUACAGUGGCAGCAGAGAUGAGGAGAUGGAAAAACGGAUUUCAGAAUGGGUCGCCAACUUAUCCCUGGGCGAAGAAGAAGAGGUGGCGAUGUACAUAUCCAAGGAUGACCAGGAGGCCGCUAAGAGAGCAUGGGAAGCAGAAGGAGAUGUCAUAAAGCGGCAGGCGAUGGAAGAUGAGAAGAGGAUGGAGUGGAAGCUGGCAGUGAUGAGGGAGAAGAAGAGGAGACUGGAUGCGGCAGCGGAGGUGGCAGAAGAAUUAGAAGAGGUAAAAAGGAUAGAAGAGCAAUUAGCCGCCCAAACUGAACUCCCAAAGAAAAUGGAGGUCAUCGCCCGAAAUGUCGCACGCUUAGCACGCAUUCAGGCAGAGCAAUAUGACUUCAGUAGGAGUCAGCAUAUCGCUGUGCGUUCAAUACGAUUGGGCUUUCGGGACUUUGCUCGUGAGUUGGUAGGUGCUGUAGGAGCCGAGGUGGGCCAUCACCUCGACAAGACUGAGCGGUUUUGCGCUGGCGCCAUUGAGAGCGUCAAGGCGGCAACUCCCAAGGAGGAGGAACCACGUCCACGUAGAGAGCGAGUCAAGGUCAAAUUCCUUGAUUCCUACAGUGGGAAAAGGGAAGAAAACUUUGACAACUGGGAGGCCAACGUCAAGACCUAUGUGCAUCUGCAACAGGUCUCCCCGGAUCAGCAUGUCUUGAUUGCGAUCCACGCGCUUAGAGAUGAGGCCGCCAGUUUUGCAAGGUCCCUAGUGCGCGCCACUACCUGCAAUGAUGACGCAGUUGCCUAUUCGUCCUUUACCUCCCUCACUAAGUUCAUGAAAUUGCUGCGCGAGCGAUUUGCUGAUGUCGCUCGGAGUGUCAAAGCCUCAGACAAGCUCCAGACGAUCCAUGCUCGUAAGUGGAAGAGUGUCAGGGCACUCAAGAGCACAAUGGACGAAUUAGUAGUUGUCCCUGACCACGGGGUUACAGACACUCAGUUGGUCGCCCUCUUCUAUAGAGCUAUGCCCGAAGCUUUUCGCGGGCACUUCUUCGCGAAGAGCGAAGACCCUGCCACCAAUUAUGAUUCCCUUAGUCGUGAAGUGGUGGCCUUUGAGGCAAAGUCUAUGUCAGUCUCCAACUUCUGGCACAAAGACCUGGAUAAGGGAAAGCAAUGGAAGGGUCGCACUAUCUCUGGGCAAGUGAAGACUAAGGAUAGCCUUGUCCUAACCUUAGAUGAGGGUAGUGUGGAUGAGAUCCCCUACGAUCAGAUUGAGUGGGGGUUAGAGGAGGAGGACAGCGGUGUGGGCCAGGGGAGAACUUGAACAGGUCUCCCUAUAGGGUAGGAGGAUGGCACCCACGGCUACCCCAGGGUAGGCCUUGGGAAAGUUUGGGUCUGGACCAGGACUUAUGGCAAAAGCGGUUGGACCGGUGUCGGCGCGAAUACCCUUACAAGGGUAUCCGCCCUGGUUUUUGCAAGUGACACAAAGGCUCGGUUAACCUGGAUUUUGAGUGCCCGUGCGGGAAAAUGUGAGGGUCGUCCGCGCGCGGGCCAAGGUCUGCCUUGUCCCGGUAGGGAGUAGAUGGGCGCACAAUAUUUAAGGCGCGCGUGUGAUUUUUCUAAUUGAAUGGGCGGCCGGGGUAGCCGACCGACCUGGACCAUGUUACGGCCUUGGUUAGGGAAUGAAAGUUUGUUUUGAUC